CAUAAUUCCAUCAAAUAUCAAAUAAUUAUUAAUUUUUAGUAAUUUAACAAAUACUACUAAAUUAGUAAUAUACAUUAAAGUUAAUACUUGUAUUUCCUAUUUGAAUGAAGUAAAUAGAUAAUUUAUCAUUAAAUUUGAUUAAUUUGUUUGACGAAUUUAACUAUUUUUUCAUCUUAUAAGACUCAAUUAAAAACCAAUUAUGUUCUCGAAGUCACUGAUCAAUUUGUGCAGACAAGGAUUAGGUUCUACAAAAAUUGUGCAAAACGUUUUGUGUAAACGUAAUUUGUAUGAGCGUGCAGCCAUAGGAUUGGAUAAAUAUGAGUUCUUCCGAGAAAAAAUUGAGAAACAGUUUUCUGAUUCAGAUAAACAGUUAUUUCGAGAGCGUAUGAAGUCUUUUGCAGAUCCUGAGUCUAGUAGUUUAAUUUUUACUGAAGAUUUAAAACAAAUCGUACACAUGGUAGGUGAUAAUGAAGCAGAUUUAACACUUGUAGAAAAAAUGAUGAAGAAAUAUAAUAAGCAAAACCAAGGAUUAAGAUUUGGAAAUUUUACUUUUGGUCCAGUUGUGAUGCGAAUGUAUUACCAUCUCAAUAAACCUGAUAUUGCGUUACAAUUGUUUAAUGACCCAGAAAUGGAUGGAUUUUUUAAUCAUUUAAGUUCUUAUCAAAUACUCAUGGACUUAUUAUUUGUAAAUGAACAGUUUGAUCAAAUAUUAGUUGUAUAUAAAACAAUUCAAGAUAGACAAUUACAAAUAGCCAAGUUUCCUAAAGGUGUGAUGAUGUUAGUUUUUGCUGCAUGUUAUAAAUUGAAUACAACUGAAAGUUUCGAAUAUGCGUGUAAAUUGUGGAAUGAUCAACGAGAAGCUGGCCAUAGUCCAAUUAGAAAAACAAUAACUUUUUUCGCGGCUAAUGCAAUAAAUCAGAAUAGUCCUCAUAUUGCUCUUGAAGUAAUAACAUCAGUCCGAAAUCAAUCAUAUGUGACACUCCGUAAUAUAAAGGUGGUAGCAUUGUGUGAUUUGGGCCGUAUUAUCGAUGCUUUGCCUCUUCUUAGAAGUGUAUUGUCAUUAGAUCAACCAAUGUCUGGUGCUCCUGCGGUAAAACAAACUUAUUGUAGAGAUGUUAUAAAUUUAGUGAAAUCUGCAGCUGAAAAACAUAAUGAUAAAGAAAUAUCAUUGGAGCUGGAUAGAAUAUUUAACCAACUAGAAGAGUUAAAUAUGAUUACAGAGACUACACUUGAUUCGCUUUUAUGUUCAGAAAUUAAAAUGAUCGAUAGAUCAGAUACCAACAACAGAGAAUCAUUAGUAGGGGCAAGCUAUCAAUCAGGCCGACCAUAUAAAAAACGAGAAUUUAGACGCCCUGGUAUUAGUGAUUUGUUGUAACUUGAAUUGCAUUUAUGUAAAUCAUAAACUAUUUUUUGUAGAUUAAUAAUGUACUGUUUAUGUAAUAAUUAAAAAAUAAUAAAGUUUAGUUUUUUUUUUA